AAAAAAUCUCUAUAAAUAACCUCAAAAUAUCAUCACCAUCUACCACACAAAGUUUAUAACACUAGUGAUCAUCAAUCAAUAUUUUCUUCAUAAUUUUCUCUGAUAAUUUUGGUCAUACAUAUCAAUUAAUUAUUUGUAUCGAUCGAUAUCGAGUUAGCUAUGGAUAGAAUAGGAGAGUUGGCAUCAAAGAAGGCAGCAGUAAUUUUCACAAAGAGUUCAUGUUUUAUGUGUCAUAGUAUUAAAGCACUAUUUUAUGAUAUUGGAGCAAGUCCAGCAAUUCAUGAACUUGAUGAAGAUCCAAAAGGGAAAGAAAUGGAGUGGGCAUUGAGAAGUUUAGGUUGUAAUCCAUGUGUUCCUGCUGUUUUUAUUGGUGGAAAAUAUGUUGGAUCAUGUAAGGAUGUUAUAUCCUUACAAGUUGAUGGUUCACUCAAACAAAUGCUCAUUGAUGCCAAAGCUAUUUGGUUAUAACUAAC